ACACAGAGGGAGGAAGAAGCGGCGGCGGCGGCUCCUCUUUGCAGAGGUGGAAACUCCGAGGGAUAAGAGCAGGAAUAAUGCGGUAGGCUAGGCGGGCUGCUCGCUCCCGGCUCCGGCAGCAGCGGCAGCAGCCCGAGCAGCGGCAGCAGCAGCGGCAGCACCUCAGGCGCUGACAGCCCCGCCGGCCGGCUCCCUCGCUGACCGCCGACUGUCAAUGGAGCUGGAAAACAUCGUGGCCAACACGGUCUUGCUGAAAGCCAGGGAAGGGGGCGGAGGAAAGCGCAAAGGGAAAAGCAAGAAGUGGAAGGAAAUCCUGAAGUUCCCUCACAUUAGCCAGUGUGAAGACCUCCGAAGGACCAUAGGGGGCGGUUCCUGGCUCCUCCUCUACAGUUGGCAAGGACACAGUCAUUCCAUCCUCCCAGACAGAGAUUACUGCAGUUUAUGUGACAAGCAGCCAAUUGGGAGGCUGCUUUUCCGGCAGUUCUGCGAAACCAGACCUGGGCUGGAGUCUUACAUUCAGUUCCUGGACUCAGUGGCAGAAUAUGAAGUUACUCCAGAUGAAAAACUGGGAGAAAAAGGGAAGGAAAUUAUGACCAAGUACCUCACCCCAAAGUCCCCAAUUUUCAUCGCCCAAGUUGGCCGGGACCUGGUCUCCCAGACGGAGGAGAAGCUCCUUCAGAAACCCUGCAAAGAACUCUUUUCUGCCUGUGUGCAGUCUGUCCACGACUACCUGAGGGGAGAACCCUUCCACGAGUACCUGGACGGCAUGUAUUUUGAUCGGUUUCUCCAGUGGAAGUGGUUGGAAAGGCAACCGGUAACCAAAAACACUUUCAGGCAGUACCGAGUACUAGGGAAAGGGGGCUUUGGGGAGGUCUGUGCCUGCCAGGUUCGGGCCACGGGUAAAAUGUAUGCCUGCAAGCGCUUGGAGAAGAAGAGGAUCAAAAAGAGGAAAGGGGAGUCCAUGGCACUGAAUGAGAAGCAGAUCCUAGAGAAGGUCAACAGUCAGUUUGUGGUCAACCUGGCCUACGCCUACGAGACCAAGGAUGCGCUGUGCUUGGUCCUGACCAUCAUGAACGGCGGGGACCUGAAGUUCCACAUCUACAACAUGGGGAACCCCGGCUUUGAGGAGGAACGUGCCCUGUUCUAUGCGGCAGAGAUCCUGUGCGGCCUGGAAGACCUCCACCGUGAGGACAUCGUCUACAGAGACUUGAAACCUGAAAAUAUCCUGUUAGACGAUUACGGCCACAUUAGGAUCUCGGACCUGGGCCUGGCUGUGAAGAUCCCAGAGGGAGACCUGAUCCGCGGCCGGGUGGGCACUGUCGGCUACAUGGCUCCAGAGGUCCUGAACAACCAGAGGUACGGCCUGAGCCCCGACUACUGGGGUCUGGGCUGCCUCAUCUACGAGAUGAUCGAGGGCCAGUCGCCCUUCCGCGGCCGCAAGGAGAAGGUGAAGAGGGAGGAGGUGGACCGCCGGGUCCUGGAGACCGAGGAGGUAUAUUCGCACAAGUUCUCCGAGGAAGCCAAGUCCAUCUGCAAAAUGCUGCUCACCAAAGAUGCAAAGCAGAGGCUGGGCUGCCGGGAGGAACGGGCAGCAGAGGUCAAGAGACACCCCUUCUUCAGGAACAUGAAUUUCAAGCGCUUAGAAGCCGGGAUGUUGGACCCUCCCUUUAUUCCAGAUCCCCGGGCCGUGUACUGCAAGGACGUGCUGGACAUCGAGCAGUUCUCCACCGUGAAGGGCGUCAACCUGGACCACACAGACGACGACUUCUACUCCAAGUUCUCCACGGGCUCCGUACCCAUCCCUUGGCAAAGCGAGAUGAUAGAAACAGAGUGCUUUAAGGAACUGAAUGUGUUUGGACCUAACGGUACCCUCUCACCGGACCUGAACAGAAGCCACCCUCCGGAACCGCCAAAGAAAGGGCUGCUCCAGAGGCUAUUCAAGCGUCAGCAUCAGAACAAUUCCAAGAGUUCACCCGGUUCCAAGACCAGUUUUAACCAUCACAUAAAUUCAAACCAUGUCAGUUCAAACUCCACCGGAAGCAGCUAGCUGCAGCUCUGGCCUGAAGUCCACGGUGGGACCAGCCUAGACCCUUCUCCUUAGAAGCGGACUUGUGACCGGUGGAGCUUCCGCCCUGGCGGGCGGGCCGGGGAGCCCUCCAGGAGCCAGGGAAGGAGGCCGUCCAGCCCCGAGAUGGGGAGCCUCCAGGUUCCUCAAAGAGAUUUCCACUCAGGUCUGUGUUCGGAGGCGGCCCUCAAGCCAAGGUGGAUUGGCUGUGUCUCUGUCGAACAUUGCAAUAGAAAUCCAAUCGGACACAACUUGCACGUGUUUUAACAGCGUCAUAACUAGAACUGAAUUUUGUCUUUAUUAUUUUUAAAGAAAAGUUUUGUAAAUUUCUCUAUUGUUUCAGUUUACAUUUUGUAUAUUUGUAUUUAAAUGAAAGUCAGACUUUGAGGGUGUAUAUUUUCUGUGCAGCCACUGUUAAGCCAUGUGUUUUAAGACAUUUUAGAGGGGUGGCGGGCGGGGAAGGGUGUAAAAAAAAAAAAUGUGACUUAAGACUUCCAGAGCCUCAAAUGAGAAAAUGUUUUUAUUAAAUGUAGAAAAUGAUUCCCAUUUCACCUUUGAAGGAUUGAUUGUAUCCAUCUCUAUAACCUUUCCCUCCCUCGCAUUGGUAUCACCAUUCUGUUGGCUUGUAACAAUCUGAAUUAAAUGCUCAAAGACCCACUGGGACUUUACCCCCAGCCAGGAUGUCUUCCGUUGGGGGUCCAUGGAGUUGCCUGGGCCCAGCUCCGUCAAGAUGUGCACUUUUCCUUUGGGGGCACACGAUGCCACUGUUGCUUUGGCCUCGGCCUCCUCUUCCUUCUGGAAGGCGGCCGGUACGUGGAGCUGAGGGUCCUCAGCACAAGGGUGUCUAGGCCUCUUUCUUUCUGAGUAGGUUCUGACUGCUAAAGCCAGUAUGUUUUCAAGAGGCUUGCAUUUGGGGAUUGUUUUAUUCUAGUUUUAAGAGACGCAUAGCAACGAUAAGGAGUAGUCAUGGAACCCCAAGAGUCCCAAACGCUUACAGCCCAUAGAAGCGCCAGGGAGCGGAGGUCUUGGGCUUGUAGAGGAGAAGGUGGCUCUCCCAGGAUCUCUGGGCAUGUCCCUUGAGUGUUUAUGGGGUCAUAGGGCCUUGAGAGCUUCCUGGGGCCCCGCAGAUUCAUUGGCUCAGGUGGCAUGGAUGCAUGAGGUUGGCUCUCCAAGCAAAUGGGAGAGGCCGGGCCACCCACAGAAGCUCAAGAAAAACUCACUGUCCCUUCCGGGGAGAGGUGAAGCAGAGGCGAGCUCUCAUCGGGCAUCUCAAAGCUCCAGGCACAAGUAGCCCCAGGAGAACUUGGUGGCUUUGCCAGACCAGGGUCUCUAAAGGCAGCCCCCAGGCCCUUUGAGCAGGGCUGUCCAGCCCCAGGGAGUGGCCAGCCUCCCCCCUGCUGCCUUCACAAGGUGACAGGGAGCAAGUCUGUCUUUGCCUCCCCUCUGGGACAGGGUGAACGGUUGAAUUCCCUGCUGCCCUGCCUGCCAGGUCACCCUCAGUCAGACCUGGCCUCAGCCACCGGGCAGCUGCCAGGGUUUCUCCCGGCGUGGGCCCUGCACUUCCUGCAGCAGCAUCACCUGGUAAAAUACAGAUUCUGGGCUCCACCCCAAACCUACGGAAUGGGAUUCCCUGGGAGUAGGGCCCAGGAAUCUGCAUCUUUAAAAAGCUCGCCAGGUCAUUCUGAUGCACCCUGGAAUGUGAGAAUCACUGCCUUAGGCCAUCGGUGGGGCUUUUGAUGGAAUCCUCCCAAACUUAUUUCUCUAGGUGACCAGGCAACUUUGGAGCCUGAGCUUUUAGGGAGGAGAGAGAAGCCAGCGUGUCAGCCUUGUGUCCCAAUUUCCAUGCUCCUUCCCCAAACUUUGCCAUUGGGUCCUGAGGCUAGACAGGGGCCUGACCGUUGAAACUGACCGUUUUGAGGUCGUUUUACAAGCAAAGAGAAGAAAAGAAACAGUUGGGCCUCCCUUAGAUCCCUUUAAUGUGCAGUAUUAUUUUCUUCAAGACCAGCCCUUGUCUCCGAGGCUGCUUCCGUUACCUUUCUUGAGCUGAGUACAAGAUUAAUACAAACAGCCGUAUUCAGUUUUUGCUGAGGAAGUGGAAAGCUCUUUGACCAGUAUGUUGAGAUCCUCAAGCUCUCACUGACCCUUGUCAGUGAAAAGAAGGACAGUCAUCUUCCUGGGACAGUCAGUAGCCCACGCCACCACCCUCCUGUCCAGAAAUGUCAUUCAUUUUCCCCGAUUCACAGCAGCUCAAACCUUUCCACACGGACUGGUGUGCAGCCAGUCUUUACACCUUAAAGCCAACGCACUGUCCGUUUGCGGUAGAGAAUCCUCAAGGAGCAAGAAGGAAAACAUAAAUCUGCUCAGUGUGUUUCUACAUCGUGAGAGCACAGAGGCUAAAGCACCGAACUUUGCGUGGCUCUUAGAAUAACGGGAGUCUUCCUUCACCCUCGCCGCCUGUCCCCUGAGCGCCCCAAAGUGCACAGGGUCAGAGUCACUGGCCUUUGCAAUCCUCCUCUUCCUUUCGGUCCAUUGCUUUGUACAGAGAAGGGGCGUCUUCAUUUAGAACAGUGCCUGAAAGCCAGCCCCCUCCCCUCUGGGUCCCCAGUUGCCACAGGUCCUGUCCCUGGACCCCCCGACCUGACCCACCACCAACCUCUACUCCAGCUUGUUUUCUAUGGCUGCAUUUUUAAAAAGAUUUUUUAACUAAAAAAAAAAAAAAAACACCUUCCCACUAUCUACCUGUCCAGGAGGAGGCGUAUUUGGGCA